AUGGAGGAGCGGGAGAACUCCGAGGACCAUGGGGUCCCCGACAUGACCAUGAUGCCGGAGAUCACGGAGCAAGCCAUCAAUGACAACCUCAAGAAGCGAUACAUACAUGACCUCGUUUACACAUACACAGGAUCCAUUCUAGUCGCAGUGAAUCCCUACAAGGAAUUAGGAUGUUACACAACGGAUCACAUGCAGAAUUACAGAGGCAAAGCCUUCGGCACACUUCCGCCACAUGUUUUUGCACUAGCUGAGUCAGCGUACAGCUCAUUACAGAAUGGCGAAAAAAAUCAAUCCGUAGUCAUAUCUGGCGAGAGCGGAGCUGGGAAAACAGAGACCACAAAAUUGAUCCUACAGUACCUCUGCGCGGCCGGGGGACAGGCCUCAUGGGCCGAGCAGCAGAUAUUAGAAGCCAACACCGUACUAGAGGCAUUUGGAAACGCAAAAACUGUGCGUAACGACAAUUCGUCCCGGUUCGGUAAAUUCGUGGAGGUGCGGUUGGACCACCGCGGAGGGAUCAAGGGUGCUGUGCUACGAGACUUCUUACUGGAACGAGCCAGGAUCACUGGACCUUCGCCCAGGGAAACCAACUACCAUGUCUUCUAUCAACUCGUUGAGGGAGCCAAGCACAACGCAGAACUCCGCAAUAUCCUUCGACUUCGCGAGGAUGUCCAGUACAAAUACCUAAGGCCUGAGGAUGGAGAGGCUCAUAAAGGCCGUGGUGGGGAACAGGGCAAGCUGGAAGCUCUGCAGUUGGCACUAACCGUGUUACAAGUACCGCCGCAUAUGUGUGAGGGACUGUUCAAGGUGCUCGCUGCUAUACUGUGGCUGGGGAACAUACAGUUCCAGGACAUAGACGGCGAACGUUCAACCCUAGCUGGAGAGGACACGGAGGCGGUAGAUGCGGUCGCCAACCUGCUCGGUUUGCCCCUGCCUACUGCCAAGCGAGUGCUGCUUGAACGACAGAUCAACGUGCGAGGCAAUGUCACUGAUAUACCUUUGCGAUUGCCAGAGGCCCGUGAGAACCGUCACGCGAUGGCUCGCGCGUUAUACUCGCGUACGUUCGCGUGGCUCGUCCGCCAUGUCAACAGUUGCUCGGCGCCGGGCCGCGCCGCGCGCUCCCUCGGCGUACUCGAUAUAUUCGGCUUCGAGAACUUCGCCACCAACUCUCUAGAACAACUCUGUAUCAACUACGCUAACGAAAAGCUCCACAUGUUCUUCAAUAACUACGUGUUUGCUCUAGAACAGGAUAUUUAUCGCCAAGAAGGCAUCGUGUACAAUCAGAUCCAGUUCACGGACAACGCGGCGUGUCUCGAGCUCCUGGAGAAACCGCCGCGCAGCUUGCUCAAGUUGCUUAGUGAACAGUGCCACAUGCCUAAGGGCUCGGAUGGCGCUUACCUCACAAACAUACAAGGCGAGUUUGGCGAGCACCAGUCCUUCGUGAAAGGGUCUCGGAGGAAAUGGGAGGAGGAGUUUGGAGUCCAGCACUACGCUGGCACCGUCAGCUACAGCGUCCAGGGGUUCGUGGAUAAGAACCGGGAUACUCAGCAAGAUGCGUUCAUUGACCAUCUCAGCCGGUCUGCUAAUCCGUUCGUCAGGGAGUUAGCUGAUUAUGUACAAGACUUGGCGCCGCCGGGACAUGACACCUCGCUUUCGAGUCCCAACUCGACAGGCACUACUCAGCGCGGCACGUCCAAAGGCCGGCCCACCGUCGUCGACACGUUCAGGGCGCAACUACAGUCGCUCGUCGACAUGUUACAGGCUACUGAUGUGUGGUACGUCCGUUGCAUAAAGCCAAAUGAGAACAAGGAAGCCGGAAAGUACUCGGAACAGCUAGUGCUAGAGCAGUUGAAGUACUUGGGUAUGAACGAGAUAGUCCGCAUCAGACGAGACGGGUACCCCAUACACCUGCCCACGCCACACUUCCAGGCGAGAUAUAGAUGUCUACUGCCGCAUCCCAGACCUAAAAACCCGGAGAUACAAGCAAUCACCGCAAUAGUGAAUGCACCAAAGGACGACUGGCAAAUCGGUCACACGAAGAUUUUCAUGAGAAGUUCCGUACAUGCGCCCCUUGAGGCCAAGAGAUCAGCAUUGUUGCAGUCUUCAGCUCUGAGGAUACAGAAGUGGUACAAGGGCUCAAUAGCUCGUCGCCAGUACCUAACCUGGCGCCGCGCGGCCGUGGUCCUACAAGCCGCCCUCCGCGGUUGGAAGGAGCGCGCCGCCUUCCUGCGCCUGCGCCGCGCCGCACUUACUCUGCAGCGACAUCUGCGCGGAGCAUUCGCCAGGGAGGUCGCCGCCGCACUCAGGGAGAUGAAGAGGGUUAACCAGGAGAUCAAACUCAGGGAGGAAAGGAACAGCCUACAAGAGAAAGCUAAUCAAGAACGAGCAGAGUUGGAGAACAUGGCAGACCAGCUUCGAGGUCUAUCCUGUCCGACCAGUACUCGCGCGGAGUCUGUGAACCUGGACAAUCUGUUCGACUUCCUGGCGGACGUGCCCACACAACGCGGCGCGCCUGACGGACAGCCUGACACACAUCAACCUACUAUAGCGGAGAUUGGAGACUCCAUGGAGAGGCUCGCUGAUGAUCUGCAUCAAGAGUUGGAGCACGUCCUUGCAGCGGAAAUGAACGAACUGAGCAAGUCUCAUACAGAAGCUCAGCGCAAGCCAGACGGAGCGCCAUCAGACGCGAUCCCCCCUCCCCCUCCAUCGACACUGGCCAUACAACCCAUCGUGCCACCCGCGCCACCGCCGCCCGCAUCCAUGACGUCAUCGAUCAACGGAGUAAUGAGUGCGUCAUUAACGAACGGUAUGUCUCCGCCGAACGGGGAUGUGAUGACGUCAUCGCUGACGUUGCCGCCGCCGCCUGCAGUGGAGCCUCUGAGUGAGCAGUCCCCAGUGUUCCCGCCGCCGCCCGCCACCUGCACUCUACCGGAACCCGCUGGGCCCCCGCCACCGCCACCACCCACUACCAAAGAUACAACACCGCCGGAGUUAACCAACGGAAUAAUUCCCAAUGGUAAGCUGUCGCUGGUGAAGGGCAAGGAGCCGAUAUACGAGGCAGUCAUACCGCGGCCUGCACCGGAACAGAACGAUCCAUCACCGCCGCCGCCGCCGCAACCCACUCCUCCAGAGACUAAUGGGUUUAUCCGCAAAGAGGUACAAGUGGAGAUGGAGCAAUGCAACGCACCCCUCCCUCCCCUGCCCCCUGUAGACAACGCCCCCACCUCGCCCCCUCCCGUGCCCAUGGACACCUGCAUCAGUCCGCCGCCCAUGAUGAAUGGAGACUCUACGAGUAUCGACCGUAACGCGCGUCGCAAGGAGCGAGUAGAGCGCCGCCUGCACCAGAUCGAGGCGCAGGCCACCACGCUCCCGCCCACCACGCCGCCUGCUGACGUCACCAACGACCUCUCGGAGUUCGCCAAGCUGUACUUCAACGACCAUCCGCGGUCGCCUGAAGGCACAAUAAUGGCGACGCUAACCCGCAAGAGUAAAUCGAUGGAGUUGCUGACCAAGGAGGAGAUGAUCACGUACCACAAAGGAAACAACAUUCCCACCUCACACAUACAACUACAUGACCCGGACAGUGUUACCGCGGCCGUUAAUAUCUUCAGAGAUUUAUGUCGCUAUAUGCGCGGCGAGUUAACGGCAGAGAAGGAAACACAAGUGAUACAGUCCAUCAUUGGAAAGGGCAUAGAACGCGAGGAGUUGAGGGAUGAAAUCCUCGUGCAGUGUGUUAGACAGAUAACAGAAUGCCCAGUCGAAGAAUGGGCGGAGCGUGUGUGGCUGAUCCUAUGCCUGUGCGCGGUGGCGUGGCAACCCAGCCGAGGGUUACAGCGCUACUACAGCGCCUGGCUGCGGUCCCGGGCGAGGCUGCUAGGCCCCGCGCCCGCGUCCCCCGCGUCCCCCGGCUCCCCCGCGUCCCCCGCGGCCCGCGAGGCACACUGCGCUCAAUGGUGCCUCGACAACUGCCGCGGUGCUGCGCCCAGGCAACUGCCGCCCAGUACUGUUGAGAUUGCUGCGAUGCGUCGUCUAGGAACGAUAGUAUGCCGUUUCUUCUUCCUGGACGGUCGUACUAAAGCUAUAGACGUGCACCCGGCGGACACUGCGGCGGCGGCGGCGGCCAGGCUGGCCGAUAAACUGGGCCUCGGGGCGCAGGCCCGCGCCGGCUGGGCCGUCUACCAACAGAGGGCAGGCACUGAGGAACAUGUACGCGCCACGCAUUACCUGUAUGAUGUCAUCGCUGCUUGGGAGAUGCAACAAGGCCCGGGCGGUGGGUCGGCAGACAACCGCUUCGUGUUCAAGCGGCGCCUGUUCCGCGGCGGCCGGGAGCUGCCGCACGACCCCGUCGAGGUCGCGCUACUGUACGCACAGGCCGUGCAUAGUGUCGUCAAGAUGGACGAGUUCCCAGUGUCGGAGAAGGUGGCGCUGCAGCUAGCGGGGCUGCAGGCGCAGGUGUCGCUGGGGGAGCCGCCCCCCUCGCCCCCUCCCCCCCACACGCGCGCGUACUACGCGCAGCCUGAACAGUUCCUGCCGCAACGCAUCGCUAGGGCCAGGCCUGCGCACCAAUGGGCGACGAUACUUGCCCAAGCGCACCGUCAGUACGGCGCAGGUCGUGCAGAGCUGACUGCCAAGGCGCUGUACCUGUCCUGUGUCAUGCAGUACCCGCUGUACGGAGUCACACUGUACCCCGUCACUUACAAGGGAUACUGGGCUCAUGGCCCCAACGUACUCCUCGGCGUGGGAUCAGAAGGCGUUGUCUUAGUCCGGCCGACAGACAAGGUGGUGCUGGCAGAGUACCCAUACAGCAACAUCGCGGCGCUGCUCAUGGACCCCGUGGACAACGGACUCACCAUCAGUCUCACUCACCAUGGACAGCACGAUGGACACCGGUAUGUUGUACUAGGGCACGAAGACUUGAACACUGGGGACCAGGACGGACAACGGUGCAUAGUUCUGGAGUCGGCUCAGAAGAACGAGGCGGCGUGGUUGAUGGCGGCAUACAGCCCGGUGCUGGCCAAUGGCCUGGCGGACGAGCCCCCGCGCCGCGCCGCGCCGGCGUCGGAGCGGUCCCGGCUGGCUGCGGCGCUCAAGAGCGCGCGGCGAGCGCUCGUCGACUCCGGCAUGCUCAGGAGACCUACUGAAGCCACCGCUGGGAACUUCUUGAGGAAUACGCUGAGAAGGUUAAGCAAGCACCGCCUGGAGAAGAUGCGUCUGGACAUAGCGGCGGAAGGUCAGGGCGAGAGCUACAAGAACUUCCCGGCCGGGUACUGGUGCUGGGCGCGCUCACUGCCGCACUCGCUCACCAAGCUCAACGAGGCGGAGGAGGUCGCCGCCAUGCAGAUAUUCAAGGACAUAAUGAGCCACGCGGGCCUGACGGCGUCCCACGAGGGCAGCAGUACGAACCUGGCCAACAACAACAGCGUGUCGCAGGAGUCGGACAGCGACGACCGCGUGGCGCUCGCGCAGGCGCUGCUGCAGCGCUGUCUGCAGAAGGACACGCUGCUGUGCGAGCUGUACAUGCAGCUUAUUAAACAGACGACGGAGCACCCGGAGCCGUGUUCCCGCGUGUCGGCGCGGCACUGGGCGCUGCUGUGCGCGGCGGUGGGCGCGGCGCUGCCGCCCGCCAAGCCGCUGCGGCGCCUGCUGCUGGCCCACCUGCGGUACCGCGGCACCGCGCUGCACCACGGCGAGGACGGCAAGUUCGCGCGCCGCGCCGAGCAGGUGGCUCUAAGCAUAGCUCAAGUCCCGCGUCGCCUAGCAGCGCCGUCUAAGGAGGAAGUACUAUGCGCGGCGGCGCGGCGUCCGCUCCACGUGCGCGUGUUGUUACUGGACGGGAAGCAACACGGUCUAGUGUUCGGGCCCGCCGCCACUGCUGACCAUCUCGUCACCAUGCUCCGGGAGAAGAUUGGGCUUAGUGAUGCUGCUACAGGUUACGCCCUGUACGAGGUGUGCGCCAACUCGACCCCGGCGGGGGCGGGCGAGCGCGCGCUGGCGGGCAGCGAGCGCGUUGGGGACGUACUCGCGCGCUGGGAGAAGGCGGGCGCCACCGCCGCCGCCUGCAGACUGGUGUUCAAGAAGCGAUUGUUCCUGGGCGAGCGUCCGCUACAGACGUCAUGCGCGGCGGAGAUGGAACUGUUGUACUACCAAGUGUUGCACUCUGUACGACACGACAGACUGCCCAUCGAGACCGACGAGGCUGUGAUGCUGGCGGCGCUGCACGCGCAGGUGGUGAAGGGCGAGUGCGCGGGCGGCGGCGAGGAGUGCGCGCUGGCGGCGGGCGCCGUGCUGCCGGCGCGGCUGGCGCAGCCCGCGCUGCCCGCGCCCGCCGUGCGCCUGCACCACCUCGCGCUGCGCGGCACGCCGCCGCACCUCGCCAUGCAGCGCGCGCUCACCCUGGCCUCGUCCUGGCCGCUCACACGGGCCACCAUCUUCGAUGUCAUGCAAUCUUUCACAUCGAACUGGCCGCGCGCGCUGUGGCUGGCAGUGGACGCGCGCGGUCUGACCCUGUUGCGGCGCGGCUCCCGCGCGGCGCUAGUGUCGCACGACCACGACCAACUGCUGGCCGUGUCGCCGGCGCCGCGGGCAUUGCUGCUCGUCACUCGCGCUGACCGGAAACAUGCUAAACUAGUGCUCUCUACUGAUCAGGCGUACCAGAUCGCGACACUGAUCAAGGACUACAUCGAGGCAGUGCGCGGGCCGGUGUCCCCGGCGGUGGCGCAGGCCGGGGCGGGCCCGGCGGCCGCCUCGUGA